AUGCUUGAAAUCGACUGUCAAUUAACCAAAGACGAGGAGGUGGUGGUGAGCCACGACAACGAUCUUUCUCGUGCUACUGGUGUCAACAAAUGUAUCAGCGAUCUAACCUACAACGAGUUGCCUUCGUACUCCGACCACUUGGCUGUUACCUUUGGAUUUGGUCGAGAAUGCAAGGCGGCAGAGGGCGUUUCACGCCAGAUUCCCCUCCUCCGAACAGUUUUUGAGCAAUUUCCUCGCACACCAAUAAAUAUUGACGUGAAGACGGACAAUCCUGUGCUCAUUCGGAAGAUAUCAUCUCUUAUAGAGGAGUUCAAUCGUGUCGACAUAACAGUGUGGGGCAGUUUUUCAGACACUGUGAAUCGGAAGUGUCAAGUGGAGAAUCCGCGGAUACCUACAUUUGUACCAAUCAAAAGAACUCUCAAAAUUGUGCUUGCCUACUAUCUGGGUCUACUGCCCUUCCUGUCUCUUUCGGAUGGGUUUUUUGAAGUUCCGUUGGUACAGAAUUUCGGCCGAAUGCCAAACGUGAUUGAUUACAUCAAAGCGCGAGCUGCGAGGAUUCCGGCUUUCCUUAAGUGGGGCUUUACUGACGACGAUAUACUGCGGUGGACUAUACAGCUGGCCGAUUUUUUGUUGAUGUCGAAAAUACUGACCAACCACCUCAGAGCUCGUGGCAUUCAGGUGUUCUAUUGGGUGUGUAACACAGAAAAAGACUACGCCAGAGCCUUCUCAAUGGGACGCGUUGCUGUGGUGACGGAUUAUCCUAGCCAGCUAAUGCAUUAUCUCGGACAGCACCCUGAGGUUGAAAGGGGAACAUUCUCUUCGAGGGCUUUGUCUGAAAGCGUUUAA